GGAGAGCUAUAAACCUAUCCCAUCUCACCCGCUGGUUCUCGCCCUCUCUCUCUCUCUCUCUCUCUCUCUCCGCACCAUCUUCAAUCUCGGUUGCCGAUAUUCUGGAGGCCGCCGGCCGUUUGCGUUCAAUGCGUCAGCUGUGAAACCCCUUUGGAAUUUUAGAUUCUAAAACAUCAGGCAGGAGCUUCUUCUUCUUUUUUUUUAUUUGGAUUUCUCAUCCUUGACGCUUCUCUUGCGGAUUUGUGGGAGUUCAGCGCGGAAGAUAUUUAAUUUCUUGUUGUUUCUCUCCUAACGAUUUGAUUUCAAGGCCUUUGGUGAAAGGUUUAUUGCGAUUCACAGUAAUAGGAGGAGUUUGAUCUGUUUCAGCAAAGUUAUGCUCUUGGUUAGUGGGUUUGACGAUUUGAAAUUGUUUCGGUAGAUUCGUGGGACAUUCUCCUCUCAACCAUUUCUCAGUGCGAGAUCGUUUUGAGAACGGGAUUAGUAGUACUGUGAUUCGGCCAAGUCAGGGCUUUCACGCUAGCAGAUAACUACUAUGGCUUUCCCACGUUUCUCUUUAUGGAUUUGGGGCGAGAAAGAUGAUGAAUCUCCCAAUUCGGCACUCAUCCCUCCUGAUUUUCCUUCAGGAUUCAAGGAGCCGGAUUACUUGAAGUUUCCACCAGGACACAGGGCAAUGCCGAAUUGGAGAAGAAAUAAGAAAAGGUUGCAAAGCCAUGAAGAAAGGCGGAUAGACAAGGAGUAUGACACUGUUCUUGUUCCCUCAGAUGGUGGAUGCAUAUCAGGGUCGGAGUCUGAUGAUUCUGACUGGUCUAUUGGUUGGUUGGAACCUCAUGGACCCGAAUUUGAGAGCGACUCUGAAGCUCAGAACAGUUUUGCAGUCUUGGUGCGGUGUUAUGGGCGCGGCCGCAAUGAGCAGGCAAAAAACUCUAUAACUCAUGUCCUGGGUACCCUCAGCCAUAUGGAUGAUCAUCUUUCAGUUGUAUUGAUGCAGAUGGCAACAAGCGUAUGGAGGAAUGGCUUUCUUCUCUUUGAAGCACCUGACUGUAAGUACUAAUUGAUAGCUUGGCCUGAUGAGGUGUGAGAAAAAAAAAAUGCAAAUGACGACGUUUAAUGUGAAAGUAAUAGAAUCGUGAAGCAUUAAUGGGGUUGUCUUGGUGCAAAAGCUCUCGCCGGAUAACAUUUGCUGGGUAGUAUCUUGGAAGGAAAGAAGUUCAUUCUCCGGAGCUGCGGUUUAAGUCAGAAAUUGUAGUGUUACAGGAUAACAUUGUUCGGUGUAUCAUGUCGAAAGCAAAGCAAUUGGAGAAGUUAAUAUGGCUUUGUGACCUUCCCAAGGUUCAAAUCCUCCUUGCAGUGAAUCGUUGUUAUGGAUCAUUUCAUUCUUUUUGCUGUGAAUAUCACCUUAUUUUCCGUAUCCGGUUUGGAAUUCCCACCAUUCCGAAUGUGCAUGUGGUUGUGAAUAAUAUAGACACCAAUGUAAAUAUGGCUCCAUCCUGAGGAGGUUUUGUUGUAAACAUUGUGCUUUAGGGAAGGCCAAGUUCCGAAACUAUUGUAAAUUUGUAAUCGAUGACAGGAUUCUUAUUCCUAUAUAUGCAGUUUGCAGA